CGGCACUGUGCGAGCGGCAAGGCGCAGCAGACUCCGCCUGAGCAGCACGGCUCCAUGUAGAAAAACAGAAGAAAGAAGAAAAAACACGAAUACUUCGUGAUAACAGCUGGAUUGUCUUCAAAUGAGCUACUAUGUAUUUGGGCACGGAGCACCCACGUAUUCGCCAGUAGCCUAUUCUAUCGAUAGGGAAUAAUCAGGCCAGUGACGGGACUGGUAUUGCUGGCACCUUAUAAACAACCAGAUGACGGCGCGAGCACUCAUAGCAAGUUGACAAACUGCGUGCGUGACAGACACUAAGGAAACAAGUUUGACAUUAAGGCUGUCAACUCAGUUUGUAGACGGACCAGCAACGGACUUGUUGUAGCAGCAUGUUCGGUGUUUGUCAGAACGGCAUCGGUGUUUGAAUGACUCGGACCGGGAGGACAUAACUCGGCAGCGCUAAGGUUUUCGACAUGCCAGAGAAUGUUACGUUCCUCAGGAACCGCACGACGGAUCCGGAGCACAGCCGUGCGCUGGGACCGGGAGCGCGUCCCGCAUGGGUUAUCACGGUGCUGGCCACCGUGCUGAUAUUCACCACGGUGGUGGACGUCUUGGGGAACUUACUGGUCAUCAUCUCGGUGUUUAGAAACCGGAAACUUAGAAACGCAGGGAACGUGUUUGUGGUGAGCCUGGCAUUUGCUGACCUGGUGGUGGCCUUCUACCCCUAUCCUCUGGUGCUCUAUGCCCUCUUCCAUGACGGCUGGUCGCUGGGAGAGACUCAGUGCAAGGUGAGUGGUUUCCUGAUGGGUCUGAGUGUGAUAGGAUCCAUCUUCAACAUCACCGGCAUCGCCCUCAACCGCUACUGUUACAUCUGCCACAGCUUCGCCUACGACAAGCUGUACAGCUACCGCAACACCCUGCUGCUGGUGGCACUGAUCUGGGCUCUCACCCUGGUCGCCAUCGUGCCCAACUUCUUUGUGGGCUCGCUGCAGUACGACCCGAGGGUCUACAGCUGCACCUUCGCUCAGGACGUGAGCGCUUCCUACACCAUCACCGUGGUCGUCGUCCACUUCUUCGUGCCCAUCGCAGUGGUGACGUUCUGUUACCUGCGGAUCUGGAUCCUGGUGAUCCAGGUGAGGCGGAGGGUGAAGUCAGAGGUGCGCCCUCGCGUGAAGCCCAGCGAUGUCAGGAACUUCGUCACCAUGUUCGUGGUGUUCGUGCUGUUCGCCAUCUGCUGGGCGCCGCUUAACUUCAUCGGGCUGGCGGUCGCCAUCAACCCCAUAACCGUGGCGCCGCGCAUCCCAGAGUGGCUCUUUGUGGUCAGCUACUUCAUGGCGUACUUCAACAGCUGCCUUAACGCCAUAAUCUACGGCCUGCUCAACCAGAACUUCCGCAAGGAAUACAAACGCAUUGUGACGUCCAUGUGGAAGCCACGCCUGUUCUUCCAGGAAACGUCCCGGGGUGGGACGGAAGCCGUGAAGAGCAAGCCCUCGCCUGGACUCAACAACAACGAGCAGGCUAAGGCUGAAACCUUGUGAAGGUCCAGGCUUUCUCCUCACCUCCCCAUGACCCUCCCCUGACCCUCCCUCUUUACCUUCCCCUGUUUCCACCUCCUCUUCACUUUACCUCACUCUGCUCCCCUCCCCACUUUACCUCACCCUGCUCCCUUUCUCUUCUCACCCUCCCCACCUCACCUCACCUCACCCCCCCUCCUCACCCUCAUCCUGCACCCUUUCUCUCCUCCUCGCAUUCUCCACUCCUCCCCCUCCUCCUCUGUGUUCCUGGCGAUGGUAGGGUUCCAGUUCUGAUCUCUAACUGACUGCACCGCUGUGCUUCGUCAAAGCCUCAAUGAACUCCUGUGAAGGAAUGUAUGAAAGCAGACAGUGAUGACCGGCUGUGCUCCUCAUGGCUGUACGAGUGCCAUUCAUGAAGCGUUCUAACUUAGUAUGUCCACCUCAGGGUGCCUGUCUCCGCUCUGCUGGAGCUUUAUGCAUUUUUAACGGAAGCACCAAAAGUUGUAUUUAUUUGUUUUUACUUCCUACGCUGUUGAAUCCAUUGGUCUCCAAGGUGUUUAAAUGAAGCUGUGUGUCGUGCCAAAUUACAUAGCUUCUAAAGUGAGUUCCCCUUUAGUUUUUUUUAGUACAUAGUUCAUAUGAUGUGAAAUAACUUACCAGUGUGGUCAAGAAUGUCUCAAACGAGCCUCACAUUCUUACUAUAAUAAAGGUGCCUACUUCUUUCCGCCUCAAACUAAAGAUUUGCCAAAAACAAGCUCUGAUCACCGAUGAUGGUUAGGCGGGUCGGUAGUUAGGGCCAGUCAGGACCAGCUUGAACCUGGCAUGGAGCCAGAGGGAUGACCAGAAGAUCAGCUGCUGGUUGUGAUGUUCCCGUCACUUUGAAGAGAGCCUAUUCUGAAACAUCAUCAUUGGUCCUUCAAAAGCACAAUAAAAUCCAGAGACCACUGUACAAAUGCAGUUUACACAGUUCACUUGUACUCUUAGUAUUUACAACAAAUAAACAUUUUCUAUGCAUUUAACACUUCAUAUCAUUUACCUUAAACACUGCUGAGGACAGCAGUAUUCAGUGCUCUAUGCUAAUAAAGCUACUGCUGUUAUGAAGUUAAUCUUAGUACAAAAACCAAGUGAAUGAUUCUGUCUCUCUGACCUAGUCCCUGUGACUCUGCACUCCACGUUGAGGAAGAACGUGCAUGAACUGUUAACUGCUUUGAUUUAUUUUUUUGAUGUUUAUUUAGCUUUUUUCUGAAGAGAUGAGAUGGUUUCUGGUUGCCAUGCAACAUGCUGCUUAGUGUGAUGAGGAGGAAGAGGAUGGGAAGAAGGAAAAUGCUGUUGUGGAACCUUGUAUGUCUGCAUGGAAGAGCACUGGGAGGACCAGCUACAGACAUGUCUUGGUUUAAAGUAAAAAAGGAGAAAUGCAUAGUAUUUAUUGCUGUGACUUA